AUUCGACUCAGUUAUUUGCUUCAGUUCGUGCAAAAUUGUAUCAAUCCAAGAAGAUCGAAAAUUGGAACUGGAGUUAAAAAUAAAAAUAAUUGAUGUAAGAAAAUCAAAUUAAAACCAAAUAAAAAAAAUACAUACACUAACCCCAGCAAGUAACCCUCUCCGACUCGAGAGGAAAAAAAAAAUGCUCCUCAAAAGCGCAGCCACCACCAUAGCCACACCUUCCCUCUGCUCCUCCCUCUUCAAAUCCCCCCUCUCUAUCCCCAAACUACCCCUCCCCAACUGCUUCAGUUCCCCCCGUACCCUCACCUUCAGGCCCUCCACCCCGAGGAUGAGCUGGCUCAGUCGGCUGGGAUUUGGUGCCCGCUCCCCCACCGACCCAUCCGUGGACUCGUCCUCUUCCUCGGCCAUCGCCCAGGGACCCGACGACGACAUACCCGCCCCGGGCCAGCAGUUCGCCCAAUUCGGGGCCGGCUGCUUCUGGGGUGUCGAAUUAGCCUUCCAGAGGGUGCCAGGUGUGACCCGGACCGAGGUCGGGUACACCCAAGGCCGUCUGCACGACCCGACGUACGAGGAUGUGUGCUCGGGCACCACGAACCACUCGGAGGUGGUCCGGGUGCAGUACGACCCGAAAGAGUGCAGCUUUGAUACCCUGCUUGAUGUUUUCUGGACGAGGCAUGACCCGACAACCCUCAAUCGCCAGGGGAAUGACGUUGGAACUCAAUACAGAUCAGGAAUUUACUUCUAUACCCCUGAACAAGAGGAAGCAGCAAUUGCUUCUAAGGAGAGGCAGCAAAAAGUCUUGAACAGGAAGAUCGUGACCGAGAUUCUUCCCGCCAAGAAAUUCUACAGAGCCGAAGAGUAUCAUCAGCAGUACCUUGCAAAAGGAGGUAGGUUUGGUUUCAGACAGUCGACUGAGAAAGGUUGCAAUGACCCGAUUCGUUGCUAUGGCUGAGGAUGCGUAAAAGCAAUAGCUUUAUGAUGAUAUCAAUAAUUUCUUGCUGUUGAAAAAGAUACUGGAUUGUUAAUAGUUUGAAGUGUUGUAAUUUUUCCUUGUAAAUCAACUUUUGUGGUGAAAAAUGUGUGUCUUCCUUGCGGCUUUUUCUGGACGAGUAAUAAUGUAUACUUAAGACUUUCGGAUUUGUUGAACUAUUAGUUUGAGUUCUUUUAAAUUUCCAGUUAAAGUUGCAAAUGAAUUGAAC